GAUGAUGAUGAGAGCGUGACCUCACCGCUUUCUGCACAGCUGCUGGAUGGGGGGAUGAGGGGGAGACACACACACUCAGAGAGAGAGAGAGAAAGAGAGAGUAAGGACCCGAGGAACGGGACCACGUUCGCAACACAGCCGUGAGUGCGACGCGCACGGGGGACUCUGUCGCGGGGCGUCCGUUGGCUGCUUCCCCCCUCCCGCCGCCGGUCCGCCUCCCAGGAUGUUCUGCGCCCCCGGUUCCUUUCCACGGUACGCGAACCGGUUGCCGCGGCACCCCCACGGACACUGAAGCCCAGAUGCUCGCCCUCUCCGCGGACAUGGACGAGUCCUCGUCUCUGCUGGAUCUGCUGGAGUGCUCGGUGUGCCUGGAGCGCCUGGACACCACGGCCAAGGUGCUGCCGUGCCAGCACACCUUCUGCCGCCGCUGCCUGGAGAACAUCGUCAGCUCCCGGAACGAGCUGCGCUGCCCGGAGUGCCGCAUCCUGGUGGACUGCGGGGUGGACGACCUCCCGGCGAACAUCCUGCUGGUUCGCCUGCUGGACGGCAUCAAGCAGCGGCCCCAGCGAGGCAGCGGAGGUGGCGGUGGUGGUGGAGGAGGAGGAGGAGCGGGCGGAAGGCUGUCCCUGGCCGGGGGCUCGCUGCAGGGGUACGCGGCCGGGAUAUCCGCUUCUCCCCCGGGCAGUGCGAUCAGAGAGCUGCCGGUGGCCAUCAGGAGCUCCCCUGUCAAGGGCACUUCUGAUGCCUGGUACAUGAAGAAAGGUCGCCAUCAUACGAAGACGAAAUGCUGCAAUAACAUCCCAGCGCUGCCUUGCGGCAAAGCCCUCUACACCUACGAAGGAAAAGAACCGGGCGAUCUCCAAUUUUCCAAGGGCGACAUCAUCAUCCUGCGACGCAAGGUGGAUGACAACUGGUACCACGGCGAGCUCAGCGGCCGCCACGGCUUUUUGCCCGCUAGUUACAUCCAGCUGCUGCGACCCCUGAGCCAAACUCCACCCCAGGGCAAAGCGCUGUACGACUUUGAGGUCAAGGAUAAGGACCAGGACAAAGACUGUCUGGCCUUCAGCAAGGAUGAGGUACUGACAGUAAUCAGGCGAGUGGACGAGAACUGGGCAGAAGGCAUGCUGGGAGACAAGAUUGGCAUCUUCCCCAUUCUCUAUGUGGAGUUAAAUGAAACAGCCAAGCAGCUGAUGGAGAUGGACAAGGCCGCGCCGACAAACGCGCCAGGUCCGAGCUCCGAGCCGGCCCCGCUGGGCCCCUGCUCUCCUGGCCCCUCCCCCAGGGCUUCCCCGUCCAAUGGAAACAGCUCCAGCCAUCGGAGAGGCGAGGGGAAGAAAAACGCCAAGAAGAGGCACUCGUUCUCUGCGCUGUCCGUCAGCCAGAGGGCCGCCCAGCUUAACAACAGACACAGCAUGGAGAUCUCCCACCCGGUCCUCAUCAGCUCGUCUGACCCCAGGGCCGCUGCGCGCAUCCAGGAUGCAUCUCACCCGGGUCCCUCCCCCUCGUUGGCCGGGGCACUGGUGCCGCCCAAAGUGGCAUCCAUAACCUCCGAGCUGCUGGCCCAUGCCAAGGUUCAGCUGCCGCUCAACAUAUAUCUGGCUUUAUACGCCUACAAGCCGCAGAAGGCUGACGAGCUUGAGCUUAGGAAAGGAGAGAUGUAUCGGGUGACAGAGAAGUGUCAAGACGGGUGGUUCAAAGGCACCUCGCUGAGAACUGCAGCCUCCGGUGUCUUCCCCGGAAACUACGUCACCCCGGUGUCAAGGGCCCCUUUUGGAGUUGCGUCUUCUCGGGGAUCGUCUUCGUCCAGUUCAGUGGGUGGAGGAGUAGGAGGAAGUGGGUGUAGUAAAGCCCCGGACCCUUCGUCCCCAGGGUCCACGGGGCCCUCCUCGUCUCGCCCCUCCACCCCACUGGGGAACUCCGUGAACGGCACGGGCCCCGCCUCCUCGCCGCAAACUGCCGCCGCCCAGCUGAAGAAAUGCCUGCACUUCAGUCAGCACGCGGUCAAUCAGACGCGCACCUCAAUGCAGCUGGUCCACAGUCCUCCUGCUGGGAGCCCCGAGCGGACCUCGGUGGCCCUCUCCCCCCUGCGCCCUCAGGGCUCCUCCCCCUCGCGCUGCCCCGGCCAAUCGUGUCGUCCUCUCUCCAUGGUGUCUCCGGGACCCAGCCUGGGGCCCUCACCCCUCUCCUCUCCGGCGUCAAGGCCCCUCCUCCCCCUCUCCUCCCCGCUCUCGUGCCUCACGCCUCCCAGCGUGUCGCCGGCGCUCCUCAACGGGGACCCGGCCGGUCCCCUGCAGCCGCCAUCGCCGGGCCCCUCCCAGUGCGUCCUCGCACCCAAACCGGAGAAGAAGGAGAGGAAAGCUGGUGGCUUAUUAAAGCUCCUGUCGGGGCACGCGGCCAAGAAGAAACCUCGCUCCCCUCCCUCCUCCCCGCCUACCAACGACCCCUCAUUGGCCGGCCAUGGCGCCGUGGCCACCGACGCCGCCCACCACCCUCGCCACCAUCACCACCACGGCCGCUCGGGUUCCUGUCCGAUGGCGUCGCACGGGCGAGCCGGCUCCUGUCCGAUCGAGGGCGAGACGGCCGGGGCGAUCGGGCUGGAGCCCCUGCACAGGAAGUCUGGUUCUCUGGACACCAACUUCCCCUUGUCGCCCCCGGCAACCCGCGCCAGCAACGGGCUGAUGGUCCUCCGGCCUGAACCCAAACCCCUGUCCAGAGAGAGGUACCGUGUGGUGGUGCCCUACCCCCCCCAGAGCGAGGCGGAGAUCGAGCUGCGGGAAGGGGACGUCGUGUUUGUCCACAAGAAGAGGGAGGACGGCUGGUUCAAAGGCACCCUGCAGAGGACCGGACAGACCGGCCUGUUUCCCAGCAGCUUCGUCGAGAGCUUCUGAACUGGAAAAAGUGGGAGAAAAAGUACAAAGAACUGUUCCUGUUUCUGAGUCGCAAAAAUACACACACACACACACACAAGCUGCACACACGCACAAAGGAUGGACAGACAUUGGUUUCAACGAGUCACACUCGUUUGCAUCGCAAACCGAAAGCCAGUUUUGGUGAUGGUCAGAAGGCAUCUUUCUGGGGGGGGGUUUCUCGCCCCGGGAAACAAUCCGCCACUGUCAAGAGUCUUUUAUCAGAUGUGAAUCUGUUGGCACAAAACCAUCAUGAAUAGUAAUUGUCUUCAGAAACCCACGUCUGUCCAACCAAUUCAAACACACACACACACACACACACACACACACACACACACACAUAAUGGAGAGCUGGCCCGAGCUUCGACCAGCCACACGGGGAGCCAGGCGGCCCGGCUUUGUGUCCGAGGAGCUCCAGCACGACUCCUUGGACAUCGUUGACUACUGAAGGCACACGGACCCCAAGAGCACAGGAAGACGCACCCCGCCGCCCGGUCCCCUCCCUUUUGCAUCGUCCACCAGCACAAACACCCAGCACAAAAAGCGUCAGCUCCGCUUUCCACUCAGACCUCAGAACUUGAAUUUGGGUGCCGUCUUUGUUUGGAGAGAGCAGACGAUGAGGAAAGCACAUUUGAUUGUUACCAACUCCAUAUGUGUUAAUAACAAUGCAUGUAGCAUUAUGUUUUUUGUUAUACGUAUGUGUUGAAAUAGAUUUUGUCCCAAACUAAUCAUGCUGUGAUGAUCUGUCACAAAACAAAUGGUGAAGUAUUGGUGAAUCAUUCUUCUAUUUAUAUACAUUUAUAGAGCCGUUUUCAUCUUAAAAUUUGACCGUUUCAGACCCCCAAGUUUAAUGAAGAAUAAAGUAACAAACAAGUUAACUUCAAACUCUUCAAAGAAUGGAUUUUUGGUUGGUAAAAUACGUCUUUUUAUGUGAAAUUAGAGAGGCAAAGAAUACAGUUGCCAAUAUAACUACACACACAGUAUUUUACACUCUGAGUCAUUCUUUACUUGACAAACGGUAUUUUCAGUGCUACUUUUUUCCUAUUUUUUCCCUCUCAAUCCAGGCGUUUUAGUUUGAAAUGUAAAGUUCGUGCACAAACCAACAGGAGCAACCAAUCCGGGCAUCAAAAACACAACACACCCCCCUCCCUCCCUCAGCCUUUUCAUACCGUUGAGUUUAUGUUGGACUGCAGCAAUAUUUGAAAAGCAAAUGUGUGUGGAUUCGAUGCUCACAGGAGAAUGUACGGUCGAGGGGGGGGGGGGGAAACACCUGAAGUCAAAAGGCGGGGACACAAGUUUCUCAUCACACUACAGCCGUCCUUUGACGACAGCCUUUCCUCUGAUCUUGCCGAUGUGUCGAUCUCUGCCGAGUGGUUUUUUUUGUGCGGCCUCAGUGAGUGUACGGUCAGUCUGCUUUGUGAAUUCGUGGGUGUGGAUCACGGCUUGUCUAGUUUACAUCCAGCUACAACCAUCUACCUUGUUUCCCCGUUUCUGGAGAUAGAAGCACAGCAAAACUCUGAGCUUGACUUGCUACUCUGUGUGGGUGUGUGUGUGUGUGCGCGUUCGUGUGGGUGCAUCAGAGAGUAACAGCGGACACACAACGUUAUCGGUGAACACCAUUCAUUUUACAGAAAAAGGCAAUAAAUACAAUAUUCUAGAUAGAAGAUACUACUUUCUGCUUCUCUUGAAUUUCAUGAGUGAAGAGCAGCUCGGAGAGAACGAGACGUUGCAGCAUCAAAGCAGUUUGCAACCUGAAGUCUUAAUCCAGUGUGAUGCGAGUGCAGCAUAAACAAGCACAACACAGAAAUUGUAUUAGAAACAAAAUAUGACUCAAAGAUAAAGUUCAAUACUACUCGUUUUCUCUCACAAGAUUUAUGAACAAUGUUACAUGAUAGAUUUUUUUCGCCUAUGGAAUUCCCUUCUGUGUAAUACUUUUUGUUUUUAUUGUAAAAAAAAAUGUUACCUUGACCUUGAAGUGGAGGUGGCCUGUCAUUGAAAAGUUUGUUUUUUUAUCCCAAUCUUUAGAUUACAGGCAAAAGAAGUCGACCUUGAUCUCUUAAAUACUGUGAAGGAACGUGAACAAACCAAGUGAUUACAGCGUGCUCUGCCUUCACCUUGUGGCUGCUGCCCGUGCAAUGCGAGCAACAGAUGAAACCAAAAACACUAUUAGAUUCUUCACAUACUCCAACACACACAUGCAGUUACGAACUAGGGCGAUUCUGACAAAUACCUUAAGAAGCCGCUUUGAUUCUUUACAAAUUGAAUGUUUGAUUGAUCAAUUCUUACAAUUUUUUUUAUUCAAUACUAUUUCACGCAAAUGUACUAGACUCUGAUACCCCACAGGGGAGUUUUAAUUAAGUGUUUUAAGUUCAGCCAAAUGAGGAAUAUAUAGUUUAUUUGCAUUGAGAACUCUCAAAACUACGAUGGAAUUAGUUAUUGAGAGCUUCAAUCCAAAAAUAUGUGCAUCGGCCUUCAAAACACAGUCAGUCGAAUCCCAGUGCCUACAUAUGCACACUGAGUAUUUACAUCAGCCAGACCAAGCCCUCCUUUGUCUCUCUCUCGCUCUCUCUCUCUCUUCGUAUGGGGAACGAUAAGCCUGCGGCUUGUUCUUUUUUUUUUUUUUGCAGCUCUGCUGUAUUCGGCUCAAUGACAAAAAAAAAAACACAAAUCCCAGAACUCGCACAGGUUUCCCCUCGUCUGUGUCACGAAGCGUGAGGAGGAGAGAAGAGUUUGCAACAGUCGAAACAUCAGGAAUAAAAACACAAAACACAGCGGUCACUGUUCGAAUAGAACAUCUUGAACAGCUGGUUCCACACAUGUCGUCUGGGUUUUAUUUUUUAUUGGCUUCCUGGUUGUAAACACCUCUUGACAACUAGUGGUGAUGGCUUUAAACGUUGUAAACAAGCCAUCGGCAGCAGUGGAGAUUCCCAUUUGGACAGGAACUCAACAGAAAACACUUUAUCGGACUCAAUAGAAAAUUAAUGUCCACUUGCUGUCUUUUCGUUGUCCUUCGAGGAGGCCUGAGCACUCAUGGACACUGUGUGUGUGUGUGUGUUUGUGGAGGGGGCCUGUGUAUGUAGCUCUUUGCAUAACAAAUUAACUUUAUGAAAGGUUUUGGUGCAGCGUGGACUCUCGCGCCUCAUCAGAACUGAGUCGGGGUUCAAAACAACGGUACAGCGAGGGAAACAGAAAAAAAGUAUAUAUAUUAUUCUAUAUUGUGCAGAAUAUUUAUAGGCCUUUUGUGCCAUUGAAGUCAUGCUCUGCGCUGGCCAAGCAGCGCUCUCUACCAUGUGAUCAUUAUACAUCGUCUUGUACUGAUGACCCGUGGUUGAUUUGAUUGUUUUUUUCAUGUCAAGUGCAUUUUUCGCAAAUAAAUGCCUUUGUUUUAAAACAGA